GAUUUUUUGAUGUAUACAUUUUAAGAAAAGUUUUUGACAUUUUAUAGUUUUAAAGGAUUGAAUAUAGUUUAAGGAAACACCGUGUUAAAUUACAAAUAUUUUUGUAUUGGAUAUUAAAAUGGAAAAUAAUGAAUUCGAUAUUUCAAUUGAUAUGGAAAAGAUUCAUUUAUAUUGUCGCGUAUGUCUACAAAUGCCGCGAAGUACGGAUAUAUUAGACGUCAAUACAGUAUACGACGAGGAUGAAAAUAUAACAUAUAAGGAAGUUUUUAAGAUUUGCACAGACAUUGAUUUAUUGGCCGAUUUUACACUUCCCUGUAGAGUAUGCAAAAGCUGCGGUUUAGAACUGCAAAUGGUUUAUGAUUUUCAUAGAAAAAUAAAGGAAGCCAAAAGCCUAUUGAUACAUAUAAAAAAACAAAAUGAAAUCGAACAAGGAAAUGAAGCCGAGAUGACUAGCGAUGAUGCACCAGUAAAUGAUAUAAAUUUAGCUAAAGUUAAAAAAGAACCGAUUGAUACGGAAGACUUUUCUCAAGACUGUGAAGUUGAUCAAAUUCAAAAUGCGGAAGAAUUUAAUAGUAUGGAAAAGUCUGAAGAAGGGCUCAACAUGAAUAACAAUUCACAAGUAUGUCACGGACAAGGAAGAACUAAAAUUAGACUGUAUAGAACGGAAAGGCAAGAGACGAAUCCAUAUAAUGUCGGUAAAGACAUUUUUGCAAAUUUGAAUUGUACUGACCCCGUUUCUAAAAAGAUGGCAAUAGAUGUCCUAAAUAAACAUGGUUAUUUUAUCAACUGGAUGUUUAAUAACCGCAAAAGACACAGGCUUCGAGCAUUGAUUUACGGAGUUUGGCGAUUAGUACGUGUAUCCAGAAGUGGUAACAUAAGAAUCGAUACUUUACCCGCAUCGAAAAUCAAACCUAAAGACUAGAACUGUUCGUAUUUGGUUUUAUGAAUUAUUCGGAGAAUUCCAUUAAUCGAAUAGUAAACGAAAUCUCCUGAGUUGAAAGAAAAAUCGGAUUUUUUGUAAAUCCGGAGUGUUCGAAUAUCCGGAUAUUAUUCACAGUUCAAUUAUUCGGAGACUUUUUGAGCAAAAGUUAAAGGAAAGACAAAUUCAAUCAUCCCUAAAAAAAUGGGGUUUAUUUACGUGAUGCACGUCCAUUUGCAUUUUAUGCUCACGGAGUCUCUGAAUAACUUCAUUGCGAAUAAUAAUCGCAAAUCCAGAUAUUCGAAAACUUCGUAUUUACAAAAAAUUCGAAUUUAUUUUUUACUCCGGAGACUUCGUUGCUAUCCGACUAACCGGAUAAUUUCGGUUUUUAAAAUAUUCGAAUAUGAACAGCACUACUAAAGACCAUAAUGCAUUAUAAAAAAAUUCAAUUAUUCUUAUUAUUGUAUUACUGAUAGUAUUUAAUACAGAAACGAAAAAAAUACCAAUUUUUUUGACUAAAAAAACUCUGUA